AUGCGAGCGCAACGUCGCGCUAACCAACCAGUCGAUCCAGUUCGAUAUGCAGAGUACUAUCUCUUACUCGAAAAGAUCUUUGGUCUCUAUCGAGAGUAUCAAGAACACUAUAAUGCUAAGUUGCUUAAACUCAAGGAUGGUAAGAUCGAUGAGAUGGCUGGAGAUAUUAAAGAACUUAUAAGCAUGAACGUAGAGCUCAAGGACAUUAACACUCAGCAGUCUAGCAAGAUAGAUACUUUGACUGAGAUGAACACUCAGCAGUCUCUUGAAAUCAAAGCUAUCCUUGGUCAUACGAUUGAUGUAAAGCGUGAUCUGAAGGAGAUGAGUGCUAAGUUUGAUAUGAUGUUUGACUUUGUUGCCAGCAUGGCGCGUUUCGCCUUACCUAUGUGGAACGGUUCAAGUGUGUUCAAGACUCAGUUGGAUCACUUGAUCAAACAAAAGACCCUGACCUAUGCGCUCACGCAUCUUAAGGUUAUGUUUGUUGUCGCAUUCUAUCGUAUCGAGGAGGAUAGUACUUACUUGAUGGUUUAUAUCUGUUGCACUAACUUUGCAGAUGUAGGUGCUCGCAUCCGUAAGCUCUACAAAGAACACAACACGACCCCAUCUGAUGAUCUAAAGAUGACAAUGCUACAACCAGAAGCAAUAUGUUUGAUCACUCAGGAAAUCAACUACGAAAGAGCGAACAUCCAUCAGCUAGUGUUUAACAAUAGUGAAGCAGUUGUAUAUAACAAUCGGCGCAAGUCCUAUAGUAUGGUUUAUGACACGAUUGAUCCCAACGUUAUCUUUACAAAGUUUGGUGAAAUGGUAGAUAUACUACUUGAACAAGAGUUUCAGGGUUAUCAGAUGCGGCGUUCUCAAGUACUUGAAGAUGAUACAUAUGAAGUGAAUGAAGACAUCAUUAGACACAUUAAAGACUCAGACGAUAAGUUCUUCGAUCAGACCACGCCACUAUGCAGAGAGUACAUUGACCAAUACACUCGACGAGACAAGACUACUGUUAAUGGAUACAAGCCAGUUGCCAAGAUUCCUCAUUCAAAGACGCAUCGCUCGGACAUCGUCUUAGCAGUAUCGAAUGUCAUGUACCCGCUUCACAAGAUCAACAAGAUCCUAGAUGCCGAUAAUGGAACAAAUGAAGUCGCUACGAUGAUCAACACCGGAGUUAUGUCAAAGCGCAACAUGAAGUCGCUCUUCAAAACUACCAAAGCCGCGGCUGAAGCGGAAGACGUAGAGUUUGAUGAAGAAACGCAAGAGCGCUUCAAUGAAGUCAAUGAAGAUGAUCUACCUGACACUGACGACGAAGACUUUGACUAG